AACGAAAUUCAAAGAAUAAAAAGAUUAACCCACAAAGAAGUUGAAAGAAGAAGAAGAGAAAACAUCAACGCUGGUUUAAUGGAAUUGGCUUCUUUAUUACCAACUCAAGAACCAAAUAAAACUCAAAUCUUAAGAAAAGCCGUUGAAUAUAUUAGAAGAUUGAAAGAAAAUGAAACCAACAACGUUGAAAAAUGGACUUUGGAAAAAUUAUUAACUGAUCAAGCAGUUGCUGAAUUAGGUUCUUCUAAUGACAAAUUAAAAAUUGAAUUGGAAAAGACCUACAGAGAAUUGGAAAGCUAUAAAAAAUUG